AUGAACCCCGUGGGAAUACAGCGAGACUGCUUCGCCGAGCGUGAUGGAUGGAUCUUGAGGACACUAUCAUUUCCCACACUAGCCACGAACUCCAUAGCAUCAUCCUCCGUACAUCACACCUGCCGUCAUUAUAACCAUUCCAGGCUCAUCUCACCAUCCUCGCUUUACCCAUCACCAUCGUCACCAUCCUCACUAUAUCCUCACUUCACCCAUCACCAUCAUCACCAUCCUCACUAUAUCCUCACUUCACCCAUCACCAUCGUCACCAUCCUCACUAUAUCUUCAAGCAUCCCCAUAUGUCGUUAUCCGCUCAUCACAUGCAUCACCAAACUCAGCUUAUCUCCACACCACUAUAUCAUCAUCGAUACAUAUCAUCCACCGCUCCUCAUCACCAUUCAUCACCGCAAUCUGUCAUCUUCCGCCUUAUUUCCCCAAGCAUCACCACAACUGCUCAUCACCAUCCACACAUCACAUCAUCACCAUCCUAACCACAUCUCAUCACCAUCUCAUCAUCAUUUACACAUCACAUCCACAUCUCACCAUAUCACCAUCCACCACCACAUCUCAACACCAUCCAUAUCCCCACGCAUCACCACAUUCCACAUCCAUCCGCACAUCACAUCCAUCGCAUCUCACCACAUCACAUCCCCGCCCGUCACCACCAUCCCUCACCAUAUCCUCACCAUCCUCACCACAUCUCUUCGUCACAUCCCCGCCCGUCACCACCAUCCCUCACCAUAUCCUCACCAUCCUCACCACAUCUCUUCGUCACAUCCCCGCCCGUCACCACCAUCCCUCACCAUAUCCUCACCAUCCUCACCACAUCUCUUCGUCACAUCCCCGCCCGUCACCACCAUCCCUCACCAUAUCCUCACCAUCCUCACCACAUCUCACCACAUCACAUCCCCGCCCGUCACCACCAUCCCUCACCAUAUCCUCACCAUCCUCACCACAUCUCUUCGUCACAUCCCCGCCCGUCACCACCAUCCCUCACCACAUCCCACCAUCCUCCCCCCCUCCAAAAAAAAAACGAGUCAACAGUCAUCCAUCACCACUGUCAACGGUCUCAUCAGCUCGCAAGCCGAUCGACUGGAACUUCGGUCUGUUUGGCGACCAAAGAUUUCACGGGAGUUCUCAGCCGCGUCGGGUUCCUGUGGUCGGGUUCAUGAGGUCUGUGAGUUUGAUCGGGUUCAUGAGCUCUGUUUUAUAAGGUCUGGUUGA